AUGGAGGAGAGCACAAGAGUAUUCGUCUCUGGCCUCCCGCCAACCUUUUCCAAUGAUCAACUGAGAAAGCAUUUCGCUACUCGCUUCCAGGUCACGGAUGCCCAUGUCUUGCCCAAGCGCAGAAUUGGCUUCGUGGGCUUCAAGAGCUCCGAUGUAGCCAAGGAGGCUGCUCGGUAUUUCAAUAAGACAUAUAUGAAGAUGUCGAAGAUCUCAGUAGAAAUUGCUAAACCGAUUGAUGCUGAGCCUACUCGUAAAGCUCAUAAACCCGAUGACUCCUCGGAGAGUACGCUCAAGCGUAAGCGGGAUGGCGAGAAGCCUCAACAAGAUGUCAAGAUGCAAGAGUACAUGUCCCUAAUGCAACAAUCGUCCAAGACGAAGACGUGGGCCAACGAUGAUGCCUUCAUCCCGGCUGCCGAAGAUACCCAGAUGCAAGACAAGUCUGCCGAAGAGGAUGACACUGCCCAGGACCUUACCUAUGCCCAGAGGAAACGGGUUAGGAUUGCAGAUGGCCAGGGAGACGAUAGCGAGGCGCCAGCCCCUACUGAACCUGAGCCUAUGGUUGUCGACGGCACUGGGGAGGAGGAAAAUACGGAGCAACAGGAUCCUCAGCCCGAGGAACAACCUGCCGUGUCGGACUCCGAUUGGCUUCGGUCAAAGACGAGUCGUCUGCUGGGUCUUCUAGACGAGGACGAGCAAGCGGAGUUUAACUCUGCGCCGCCAGCUGCUCCUGCUCGCGAAGAGUCGAAACCUGUUGCGCAAGUUUCUGAGGACUCUGAUGACGGUGGGUCGCCGGAUGGUGCGGAUGCUGGUAAAACAGCGGAAGCGCCACCGCCGGUGGAUACGAAUAUCGAGAACAUCCGCUUGUCUGCGCGUCUCUUUGUAAGAAACUUGGCGUACGAUAUGAGAGAGCCGGAUCUUGAACCACUGUUUGCACCGUUUGGACGGAUUGAAGAGAUUCAUAUCGCGUUUGAUACAAGGUUCAACAAGAGCAAAGGAUUUGCAUACGUCCAGUAUGUUGACUCGGACUCGGCCGUUGAGGCUUACAAGAGUCUGGAUGGAAAGCACUUCCAAGGCCGUUUGCUGCACAUCCUGCCGGCUUCUGCCAAGAAGACUUACAAGAUCGAUGAGCAUGAGUUGUCGAAAUUGCCUGUCAAAAAGCAAAAGGAGAUCAAGCGAAAGAUGGACGCUUCUUCGUCCACUUUUACCUGGAACUCCCUCUAUAUGAACACUGACGCUGUCAUGUCCUCGGUGGCUGAACGACUGGGAGUCUCCAAAUCUGACCUUUUGGAUCCCACUUCCGCAGACGCUGCCGUGAAGCAAGCACACGCUGAGACGCACGUUAUCCAAGAAACGAAGGCUUACUUCACUGCGAACGGUGUCAACCUUGAUGCCUUCAAGCAGCGGGAGCGUGGAAACACCGCCAUCCUCGUAAAGAACUUUUCGUUCGGCGUCAAAGCUGACGACCUUAGGAAAUUGUUCGAGCCGUAUGGUCAACUCACCAGACUACUAAUGCCUCCCAGCGGCACGAUAGCCAUCGCCGAGUUUGGAAGACCGGACGAGGCGCAAAAAGCCUUCAAGGGCCUUGCCUAUCGGAAAGUUGGGGAUUCGAUCCUCUUCCUCGAGAAGGCACCUAAGAACUUGUUCGACCCGUCGGUCGUCCCGCAGAAGCCCAUCGAGCCCAAGGCUGUCUCACAAGGCUUCUCGACGGCGGACACGUUUGCGGCCGAUGAAACCGAGGACACCGCGGCCACCUCGACUCUAUUCGUAAAGAACCUUAAUUUCUCUACCACGAAUCAAAAGUUCGUGGAAACCUUCCGGCCACUGGAUGGCUUUGUGUCUGGCAGGGUUAAGACCAAACCGGAUCCUAAGAACCCCGGCCAAACGCUCAGUAUGGGUUUUGGAUUUGUCGACUUCAGGACCAAAGAACAGGCCCAGGCUGCUCUGGCCGCAAUGUCAGGCUACAGUCUGGAUCAGCAUGCACUGGUAAUCCGGGCGUCCCACAAGGGCAUGGAUGCCGCCGAGGAGCGACGACGGGAAGACACCGCGAAGAAGAUCGCGGCAAGAAGAACGAAAAUCAUCAUCAAGAACUUGCCGUUCCAAGCGAACAAGAAAGAUAUCAGGUCUCUCUUUGGUGCCUACGGCCAGCUUCGGUCUGUGCGGGUGCCUCAGAAGUUUGACCGGUCUGCUCGCGGGUUCGGUUUUGCUGACUUCGUAAGCGCUCGCGAAGCGGAAAAUGCCAUGGACGCGCUGAAGAACACGCAUUUGUUGGGUAGAAAACUGGUGCUCGAAUUCGCCAACGCAGAGGCGGUCGAUGCCGAGCAAGAGAUCGAGCAGAUCGAAAAGAAAGUAGGGGAACAGAUGGACAGGGUCAAACUACAAAAGCUCACGGCAGGCGGUCGCAAGAAAUUUACUGUAGGGGCCGCGGACGAGGGAGAGGACUAA